UAACUAUAACUUUUAUCUAUAACCGACGUUAAAUAAAUAUUAUUUUAUCUUAGAUGGCAACAAUAUUUUACUAAGCUAAUAGUCGUUCAUAUUGUACAAAAUGGCGUUGUCCAGGAAUGUCUCGGGUGUGUUCAUUGUUGCUGCCAAAAGGACAGCUUUUGGUACAUUUGGUGGAAAGUUGAAAGGUCAUUCUGGUAACAAAUUACAGGAGAUUGCUGCCCAGGCUGCACUAGAUGCCAGUAAAGUUAAUCCAGAACUUGUUGGAUCUCUUGUAUUUGGAAAUGUUAUUCAGACCUCUUCAGAUGCUAUUUACAUGGCUAGACAUGUGGGUCUGAAAUGUGGGGUACCGAUGUCUGUACCAGCACUGUCAGUUAACAGAUUGUGUGGCUCAGGAUUCCAAGCCAUAGUCAAUGGAGCUCAGGAAAUCUUGUUGGGAGAAAGUGAGAUAGCCUUAGUUGGUGGAACAGAAAGUAUGAGCCAAGCACCAUAUGCUGUACGUGAUGUCAGAUUUGGUACCCGGUUUGGACAAGAUUUACAGCUGGAGGAUGUAUUAUGGGCUGGUUUGACAGAUUCCUACACGAAGAUGCCAAUGGCAAUCACUGCGGAGAAUCUAGCCGAGCAGUAUGGUAUUACACGAGAAGAUUGUGAUAGAUAUGCUCUUCAGUCUCAACAAAGAUGGGGAAAAGCACAAGCUAGUGGUGUUUUCAAUGCUGAGAUAACUCCUGUGGAGGUUAAAGGCAAGAAAGGAACAGAGAAGUUUGAAGUAGAUGAACACCCGAGACCACAGACAACUCCUGAAGGACUGGCCAAGUUGCCUGCAAUAUUUAAGAAAGGAGGGACUGUAACUGCUGGAAAUGCUUCUGGUGUGUGUGAUGGAGCUGCAGCUCUUGUUUUGGCAAGUGAGGCAGCUGUUGCUAAAAAUAACCUUACACCUUUAGCAAGAUUGGUGUCCUAUGGAAUUGCAGGUUGUGAUCCUAAAAUAAUGGGUAUUGGACCAGUACCAGCAGGUAAAGCUGCACUCAAAGCUGCUGGGAAGGAACUUAAAGACAUGGAUAUAUGUGAGGUAAAUGAGGCAUUUGCCCCACAGUACUUGGCUGUAGAGAAGGAGCUGGGUAUGAAUCCUGAAAUCACCAAUAUGAACGGAGGUGCCAUAGCACUUGGACAUCCAUUAGCUGCUUCUGGAGCCAGAAUCACAGGCCAUCUUGUACAUGAACUAAGUCGACAAAAUAAGAAAUUUGCUUUUGGAUCGGCUUGUAUUGGAGGUGGACAGGGUAUGGCUGUGAUACUUGAGAAAUGCUGAAAGAAGUGAAAUUCUAUAAAUAUUGGACCAAGUGCUUUAUACAAUACCAGACUUUCUUCUCACAACUGUGAUAAUGCCAUGACAUUUAUUGCCUGUAUAGGCAUUUAUUGUUUAUACAGAAACGCUUUGCAUAGUGCUAGAUAAUUGAAGUGUUGAAAGUAAAUACUGUUAUAUAAAGUGUUUAUUUGAGCAGUGUUAUAGAAUAAAAAUUGUAAGCAUUGAUUGAAUCAUACAAGUGUACAUGAAACAAGUAUAUUAUAAUAAGUAUACAAAAUUUACCCGGUAGUCAAGCCAUAAAUGGUGAAUAUGAUUUUAAAAAUCUGUAUGGAUUGUGUAGGUAUUUAACUCUUACCCUGCUAAAUUUCUAUAAUGAACUGGUCAGUCAUUCAAUUUGGGCAAUACCAUUUAUUAUUCAAAGGGGUGUUUACUGAAAAAUUACUGACAAAUGCCAAACAGUGCAGACCAAGAUCAGCCUGCACAUCCAUGCAGGCUGAUCUUGGUCUGCACUGGUCGCAAAGACAGAAUCCCUUGCCAGCCAGCAGACUAAAGGUUAAAGCAUUUCUGUCUGGAGAAAGUUCAUCAUCAUCUCAUUUUAACAUAUUUGAUGUGCCAAUGAAGUAGGAAGUGUUUCAUGUGCAAAAUUGCUGUUUGUUAUUGAUAGCCUAUUUCAACAGAAACAUUAUUAAUAAACACAAGCAUGUUUCAGACAAUCAGUAAGCUGUUCACUCAACAUCCAAUACAGUCAUUGUUUAUAAAUCUAUAUAUCUAAAAUAAACAGAAAAAAAUUGUU